UGUAUUAAACAAACAAAGCUUUCCGGGUGGUUGCCAAGCCAAUGCGUGUUCUUACAUGCCCUCGUUCAAUCGGAAUGGCUGCAGAAGAUUGCAUCAAGAUUCCUGACAACUAUGAAGGUUAUUCCCUGGAUAUGUUUUGUUUACCAAAACACUAUGAGAAUGAUGUAGAAUCUAUUUUGAUACCAAAAGGAUUAAUUCAUGACAGAAUUGAAAGAUUGGCCAGAAAUAUCUGCCGUGAUGUUGACAAAGGUCCUCUCAUAGGAUUGUGUGUUCUGAAAGGAGGAUAUCAGUUUUUUGGUGAUCUUAUGAAUUGUAUCAGGACCAUAAAUGCUAAUAUGGAUCGAUCAAUCCAGAUGUCAGUUGACUUCAUCCGAUUAAAAAGCUAUGAGGAUGACCAUUCCUCAGGGGAGGUUAAAGUCAUAGGAAGUGAUGAUUUGUCUGCAUUGAAGGGAAAGCAUGUUCUAGUUGUUGAGGAUAUCAUAGAUACAGGUGCAACUAUGCAGAAACUACUUACUACUCUUCAGAAGUUCGAACCAGCAUCUGUCAAAGUGGCAAGUUUGUUGGUGAAGAGAACACCAAAGAGUAAUGGAUAUCGUCCAGAAUGUAAGUAAUUCCCACAAGACAUGAAAGUG